CUGUGGCAACACCGGAUCCUUAUCCCACUGUGCCAGGUCAGGGAUCGAACCUGCAUUCCAGAGCUGCCAAGACGCCAUGACUCCCGUUGCACCACAGCAGGAGCUCUCAGGCUGGGUGCUCUUAACCAUAUCAUUUCACGUCUGUCUCCCACAAACUCUACUGCAAGACGAGGCUAUUGGGAAGAUCCAGUGACUCCCCGAGGACCAGGUGGCUCUCUGAGUGAAGGGUUCUUGUCAUUAACCCACGGGGUGGCUCUCUGAGUGAAGGGUUCUUGUCAUUAACCCACGGGGUGACUGUCACGGCCCAAUGUGGGGACACGCAUCCCAGGGGCAGAUUCAUGCUGGUACCCACGGUAUGAGAGUUCAGAGCUCAGGACCAGAUCCUUUGGGGCUCGAGUUAUGGUGGCUUAGGCUCCACAGAACAGAUUAAACGUGGCCAUUUCAGCACUUCUUUCACAAGUGAAGUGGUUACGGAAAUGCUUUCAAGGGGGAAACUCCUCCAUCACAGAGAUAGAUGGUGACUUGGCUGGUUAAGAAAACUUUUCUUUCUUGGGCGAAACGUAGUUUCUAUUCUGUCCUGAAGCGUGGGCUCUCCUGGUGGAGACACGUGAGCACUGCCAGGGGCCUGGAAUGUCCCAGGAGGGUAAGAAUAGCCACGACAGAGACGGCUCCUGCUGGCCCCUGGUCACUGCAGUUGUCAGGAAGGCUUUGCCUCAAACAGCUCGGGGCCGUCUCGACUGGGCGUCAGAAGAACCAGCCUCCGCUUUCCCAUUUCUUUCACCUGCAAGUCCUUUGUAGCUAAGAUACAUUUAUUCCUGAGAAGAUUCCCCACCUCCUUGGAAAACACGGGCUCCAGCAGCCUUGAGUCUGGGACUCCCUGGAAGCAUGGACCAGCCAGACCUGCUGGGCUUCCUCGUCAUUACCUUAAACUGCAACGUGACCAUCGUGGGGAAGGUCUGGCUGAUCUUCAUGGUUCUGCUGAGGAUGGCGGUGCUCAUCCUGGCCGGGUCGCCCGUCUACCAGGAUGAGCAGGAGAGGUUCGUGUGCAACACGCUGCAGCCGGGAUGCGCCAACGUUUGCUAUGACAUCUUCGCCCCCGUGUCCCACCUGCGGUUCUGGCUGAUCCAGAGCGUGGCUGUCCUCCUUCCCUUCGCCAUCUUCAGUGUCUACGUGCUGCACAAAGGAGCCGAGGUGGCGGCGCGGGGACCCCGCGGGCCGGAUAAUGGCCCAGAGGACGCCGACCCCCUUGACCUGACCUCCAGGGCCAGGCGCUGCCUGACGGUGCCGGACUUCUCCUCGGGCUACACGGCCCACCUCUGCCUCCGGACGCUGACGGAGGCAGCUUUCGGUGCCCUGCACUACCUCCUCUUCGGAUUCUUGGUCCCUAAGAGAUUUUCGUGCACGCAUCCUCCCUGCACCGGCGUGGUGGACUGUUACGUCUCUCGGCCCACAGAGAAGUCCAUCCUGAUGCUCUUCGUCUGGGCGGUCUGCGCGCUGUCCUUCCUGCUCAGUGUCACGGACCUGCUCUGCAGCGCGCGAUGGACGACGCGCGGGCGACCCAGCCCAGCCCCGGCCGGGAGGAGGCCGCCUCAGGGGCCGGAGGACGGGGCGCGGGAGGGACGCGGGGCGCACGAGGGCGCGGGGCUGCGCGCUCGCCGGGGCCUGCGCAGCGGAGGGCGGGGGGCGCACAGUCCGGCGGCGGAGCCUGCCGCGCGGGGGCGCCGGGAGCUGCCUGGGGAGGACGAGAGUGACGCGCUGUCCUCCGUCAGCGACCAGCCGCCGGUGGCCGGGCCCGGAGCGGCGGCCCCGGGGUGGGAGGAGCGCCCCUGCGCGUCGCGCGCCAGGCUCCCGGGCCCCGGCAAGUCCGAGUGGGUGUGA